AUGGACAUGAUCUUCUCUCAGCUUUCUGACUCGGCCGACCAGCCCAAGUCGAGUUCGUCAUCCGACGCAAGCGUGACCACCCUACGCACUUCGGACGUCAUACUGGCGUCGAGCAGGCCGAAGAAGCGCGCGGGAAGGAGGGUUUUCAAAGAGACGAGGCAUCCGGUUUAUAGGGGUGUGAGGAGUAGGGACAACAACAAGUGGGUGUGUGAGUUGAGACAGCCCAACAAGAAGAAGUCCGGGAUUUGGCUCGGGACCUAUCCUACGGCUGAGAUGGCUGCUCGUGCCCAUGACGUGGCGGCAUUGGCUUUUAAAGGGAAGCUUGCCUGCCUCAACUUUGCUGACUCCGGUUGGAGGCUGCCGGUGGCGGCAUCCAUGGAUUCCAUGGAUAUCCAGAGGGCAGCUGCGGAGGCCGCUGAAGGGUUCAGGCCAGUGGAGUUCGGUGGAGUUUCCAGCGACAGCAGUGAUGAGAAGGAGAGAACGGUUGUGGUGGAAGAGAAGAAGAAGAAUCAGGCUAUGUGGAUAUGGGAAAAAGCUGCAGCAGAUUAA